AUGAAUGCCUCGUGGUUCCGGCCAGAAAAGAGGCCGGAUUCGGCCAGACAAAGGCUUGCACUGAUUGACCCCAGAGUCGGUGUCAUCCCUAUUCGUCAUCUUGCCAGAUUUACGGGUCACCGCGCUUUCGACAGGUCGCAGUCUCACUCGCUGUCUUUUCAGCCUCCUCCUCCUCCUCCUCCUAUCUUCAUUUCUCUCUCCCCCAAUUCGCAUCGGUCCCUGUCCGAGCCAGCGCCAGUUCGGUGCCCACUUCGAGGCAUCGCUCGAGCUGACACUUUCAAGGGCCACUUGAGAUGCGCACACUUUGUCAUCGCACCGGUCACCGGUUUCACGCUGACGCGAGAUGUUUCCCGGUCCACUCAACCUUGUCUUCCCCAUUUUGCCCACCGUCUUGAUUGUGAUUGGUCGGCUGCAGGGCUCCACGGCGACGGGAUCCCAGUGACGUGGCGUCAGGAUACGUCCGGCGAGUUGGAAGCUCCAUCAGGCUGGCAGGUGCCAGAGGCUGCGGCUUGCGUCCGAGCCAACGGUCCGAUAGACAAGAGCGUCGACUCGACGUCGAGACGACACUCGCCGGUCGGGACAACCCUCUUCGCGUCGCCAACGUCGACGUCGACGGCGACGUCGAGACGACACUCGCCCGUCGAGACAGCCCACCACCAACUCGUCUUCGCGUCGCCAACGUCGACGUCGACGUCGACGUCGAGACGACACUCGCCGGUCGAGACAACCCACCACCAACUCGUCUUCCCGUCGCCAACGGCGACGGCGACGGCGACAAUGUCGACGGCGAUGUCCGCCUCGUGCUCGCCUCCACCGGUUGGCGCGCCGUCCGGCGGCGCGUAUCUCCACUCGCUGGCGCCGUACCCCUUCUCGCCGAGCGCUCUCCUCGCCGCCGGUCUUCGCUCCGACCUCGCCCUCUUCCCGACAGUCGCCGGGUUCGUCUGCCACAGCGCCGAGGCCGCCGCCGCCAUCGCUCUGUCGCGUGCCCUCCUCUCCUCCGUCGGACUCGGACUGCCCGGCCCUCCACCCCCAGAGACCCGGUCUCCGGACGCCUCGUGCCCGCAUCCACCUCCGCCUCCGCCUCCGUUUCCGCCUCACGACGGACUCGGCAGUUCGAGUCCGUCGGUACAGACGACAAGACCGCCACGCGGACACACUCCGCCCGGACUCGCAUUCACCGCCUUCAACGACUCGCUGCACGCCUCUUUCGCGGCUGCCGCAGCCGCGGUCGCCGCAACGGCGACGCCGACGCCAAUGGCAACGUCGACGUCGACGUCGACUGUGACGACGGCCGGUCAGUCUUUUUUGCCCAUGCCCAACUCCGGCUACCCGCACAGCCCGGCCAGCCGCGACGCCAACCAAUCAGCUGCCUUCGCGCUCCAGCCUCCGCAGCGCGUCCCGCAUCAUCUGCACAAAACGUCGCCCAGCGACGACUUCUAUCCCGUCGGACUGGCCUGUUUCGCCGAGGCCUCGGGCGCCGCGACCUCCUCCGUCGGCGUCGGCGCGGCCAGUGGGUCGGGCAAACGACGCAAGCGACGCAUCCUCUUCACCAAGACGCAGACCUACGAGCUGGAGCGACGCUUCCGCGAUCAGCGAUACCUGUCGGCGCCGGAGCGAGAACACUUGGCCGGACUCAUCAGCUUGACGCCCACUCAGGUAGGCUCGGCCUCGAGCUUGACGAUUGGCUGGCCACCAAAAGACGAGGUUCGAGUCGCUCUUUCGAGACUGAAAUGUGGCGCCAAAGUGAACUGGUCAAAGCACUCUGCUCACAAAUGGACUAUAUUCAGCCGAUUCUAUUGA